AUGAAUUCUCUGGGAAGAAAACUGAAGCUAAUGAAUUAUGAAAAUAUCGAUAUUGGAAAAGACGAUUUUUAUCAUAUGGUAUUAAAACUUGAAGAGGAAAAAAUUCGUCUGUAUAAACCAAAGGAGAGAGAAAAAAUUAAUUAUAUGAAGGAAAAAAAUUAUGUUGAACAUAUAUUAAAAUAUUUAAAAAAGUUAAAUAUUAACACAACUAAUAUUAAUAAAUCGAAUAUUAAUGAUGCAGAAGUUAGGACGUACAUUUUGAACAACUUGACAACAUUAGCUUUAAUUGAUGAUUAUAAGGAUUUAAUUCAUUUUGAUAAUCAUGAAGAUGAUGAUAAUGAUAAUGCAAAUGUAGAAAAUCGUGAAACACACAAUGCCUUAAAUGUGUCUGAAAAAAAUAAUGAGAUCAACUCAAAACAUAAAGAUGAAACAAAGGAUAUCACUUUAGUAAAUUUUUUCGAAUUGAAUUAUCUUAAUUGUCGUGAUAAGGAAGAACAAAUGACACGAAUUAUUACAUUGAAUGUAUUAACUGAAAAAAUUAAUGAUAUAUUUAAAGCGAAUAAUAUACCACUACUAGAAUGUAAUAAUAACAGUAAUAAUAGUAAUAACUAUAACCGUUUACAUGAUAUCAUAUCUGCGUUGCACUUAAUAAAGGAAAAGUUGAAAGAUAAAAAAAAAAUAUAUAAUGCAGAUUACGAAAAUUUAUUUAAUUUUAACAUUACCGUUUCGAAUAAUAAUUUAAAAGAUUUUGCUUACAUCAUAAAAUAUAUUUUUAAUGAAGUAUUAAAGGAGAGGAAAACACAUAUAAAAAAUAUUCUUAAUGAAAUACAAAUAUUAACCUAUAACCCAGUCAUCGAUAUAAAACAGGGCAAAGUUGGAAGAUGA